AUGCGUUCCCUCCGGCCUCUUCCGUUGGCCCUCCUGGCCCUCUUCGGCCUCCUCUGUCUCGUCCACGCCGACGAUGCCACCACCCUCGUGCCUACCGCAGCCUCCGACAUCUUCCCCCAGUGUGCGCUGUCCUGUUCGGCGCUGAACUCGGCGCAGUCGCUCUGUAUCCCUCCGACCGCCCCCGCGACCGGCCGAUCAACCUACGUCACCUGUUUCUGCCAGUCCAACCUGCUCACCCAACUCAAAACCUCCGCCGACGGCACCUGCGACGACGUCUGCACCAGCGCCUCCGAUCGUUCGACCCUGCAGAAAUGGUUCUCCGACUUCUGUUCGUCCGGGGGAGAUCUCAAGAGCACCGACACCUCCACCGAUACCAAUAACAACAACGCCAACAGCAACACCAACGACGCGGCCUCCUCCACAGCCACUGCCAAGGCGCACAAGGACUCCCCGGCCCCUCCAUCCUGGUACAUAUCUCCCUUCAUAUCAUCCUAUAACCAAUAUCAAGAUCCCUGCUAA